CAUGUUACAGACGCUGUAGAUGCUUGGUCGACAGCAAGCGUCUCAAGUAACAACCCAAGCAACAAAAUAUUGCACAUAUUUAGAAAUUUGUGUUUGGCAACUGGGAAAAACAGAAAUCAUGUCUUUCUUCAUUGAAGCGAUACGUGGUCCGAGACUGUUCAGAAUAUUUAGGUCCGGAACGACAGAGGGUCGCAACUAUGAACCUAAAAUUCUUGAGUCAUCUGCCGACAAAGUUAUUGGAACUAUACGGUUUUGCUGGUCAUUUUCGUACUGGACCUCGCCACUGCUUCUCGGAAUCCUCUACAGAAGAGGUCACUUCACCACUGAAGGCAUAGUUAAUCUUGGAAAGUUCUUCUUCUGCGUGGGAAUGAUGUACUACAUGGCGUGCUUUGUCAGAGGUUUUGGUCGAUACAUGAACCCAGAUUACAUGGCUUUCCUAUCAGUUCUUGUGAAUGCUCAAAAAGACUUCAGUGCUGUCAAUAGAAGAUUACUGUCAGGCUAUGACUUUGCUUACCAUGCGUGUCCUGUCUUGUACAAGAGGUCUGACUUUCAAGUUGGGGGUCAACGAGUCCAGGCUUCCAUGGACACAGGACCACCUAAGACAUUGUUAAGUCUUCCCAUGCAUAUCUUAAGCUACAUUUGUGCGAACACGUUUGGUCGGAGAAUGGCAUAUCCAGGUGCCACAGCCCUUGUAAACACUCUUGUGGAGACCCCUUUAAUUCAAGGAAGAGCAAAACUGGUUGAAGAGAUGAAUGGUGACCGUGCCAAGGUGGGGACAGCAGAUGGCAACGAGAUAGACACCAUGUUUGUGGACCGGCGAGGGCGCCAUGGGGAAGCCUAUGGGCAGUUCCUGGUAGUAUGUUCCGAGGGUAAUGCAGGUUUCUACGAGAUAGGUGCCAUGGAGACCCCACUCAAACUGGGAUAUUCUGUGCUGGGAUGGAACCACCCUGGAUUCGCAGGGAGCACGGGUAUACCAUUCCCAGAUCAAGAGCAGCAUGCCAUAGAUGCUGUGAUGCAAUACGCUAUACAGAAACUGGGCUUCACACCAGACAACAUCAUACUGUACGCAUGGUCUAUAGGAGGCUACCCUGCAACAUGGGCUGCCAUGAACUACCCAGAUGUGAAACAUGUGAUUUUAGAUGCCACGUUUGAUGACAUCAUGCCACUUGCUCAUGCAAAGAUGCCUCAGUUUGCUAAGUCAUUGGUAGAGCUUACAGUGAAGCAAUACAUGAAUCUUAAUAUAGCUGAGCAACUCAAAAAAUAUCCUGGGCCUUUGUUGUUGAUCCGAAGAAGUCGAGAUGAGAUGAUUACUACUCAAGAUCCUACAGCCAUUCACACAAAUCGGGGGAAUUUUCUGCUCAUGAAGAUCUUGAAUCAUAGGUAUCCAAAAAUAGUGGAUGACUCGUCACUUUCAACUUUACAAGAAUGGACCUCAGUGGGAAAAUAUGAACAAGAUCAGCUCUACGUAGCGUAUGGCAUUGACUCCGAGUGGUGUGAGACGGUGAUGGCCUCGUAUAUGAUGGAGAAUCCUGGUGCAGUGUUUCCUAUCGACCUUGGGAGAGACUUCACGGACGAACAGAAAAAACACAUGACUAUUUUUCUGGCCCGGAAGUACAUGGAGGACUUUGACUCCACGCACUGUACACCCCUACCCCAGCAGUUCUUUCACAAACCUUGGAGCCCGCAGAUAUGAUGGCAGCAACUCAAUGCCUUACACUAGCAAUGAGGCACACAUUAAUCAUUGACCAACAUUUUCCUUUCACAAACCAUGGAGCCCGAAGAUAUAAUAGCAGCAACACAGGGCCAUUAGUUGAAACCUUUAUAUUUUUACUCGAUUGCAACGAAAUUACUACAAUUUAUCUGAUAUGCUCUCGAGUCCCUUUCCUGUGACUAAAACCAGUGCUUUGUGUCGUAAGGGUAAAUCUGAUGAAUGCUCCCACAGUGGGGAUUAAACCCGUGACCUCUUGAUUGCUCGGCUGACAAAAUAUCCUUUACGCAAGGGCCUGUCAUGAGCAAUGACAUUAGGAUAAAACUGGAACCAGCAUUUAUUGGACUUUUAAUAUCAAUUACACUUCUCUAGGACUUUAUAAUUAAGGAUUAAGGGACCGCUUGGCAAUCGGGAUGUCACAGGUUUGAUCCGCACUCUGGGAACGUUCUCAACUUCAUCCCAGGGAACAGACUUGAGAGUGUCUAUGUAAGCCUCAGGCUUCCAAUGCAAUCGAGCUGAAAUAAAUAUGUUUAGAAGACAAAAAAGACAAAAGAACACUAGUGUAAUAUUAAAAGCAAUUAGGGCACACUUUUACCAAUUUUUUUAUUUAUUUUUUGCAAUAUUUUCAUAUUUGAAUAUUUCUUUGUAUUUAUUUUGUGUUAUAUUGUGAACACGUGUGGGUUUUUCAAAUAUUUCAGAGAGCUUAGUAAACAACUGUGAAAAAAAGGAACUGCUCAUACAUUUUAGCGAUAGAAACAAUACUUUAUUGUUGGCAAAUGAGAUUUUGUGAAUGUCUUGAUUUAUAACAAAAAUACAAUUGUUGCAAUGUAAUGCCGUUCUGUUGUAUGUGACGUAUUGUUAUUAAUGGACUAGUGCACCAAUAAUAAAGAAACAGUAUGUGUUUCUAAAAACAUUAACAAACUUUUUUCUUAAAUGAUAUCAAUGUAUUUCCUUCAAAUUGUGUUGAUGUCAAAUUGAAAUCUGUGGACGAGUUUUUAUUGUACGCAUUUAUGGAGCAUUACAGUAUUGAACAAACUACAGUGUAAAACUCUAAUGAGAUCAUGAAUUGCUAUAUAUUAUACAAAUCAACGUUUACCCAUGCUCCCAAAAGAAUAUCCAAAAUCCAA